AAGUUGCAAAGGUAGUAGAGAGGUUCUUGUAAGUAGGUAGAUAAGCGUCAUCUCGAUCACAUAUUCCACCAAUUUGGCCCAAAUUGGGCAAAAAUUUGGAACUAAGAACAAGAGGAAGGCUGAAUUUUAGUGCUCUAGUCGGAAAUAUACAUAAAAAAAAUGAACACAUUUGCCAUUUUGGCAUUUUUUGCCGCCAUUUUAGCUGUAGUUGUUGGUGUUAAAGACAUGAUGAGGAAAAGCAUAGUGUUUGACAAAAACACACCUGAUGUCUUCUACUGCCCAAUUCACAAGCCCAGUGGAAUGGAUAAGCUAAUUGUAAAAGCAAAACCUUUAAAGAAACUAUGCGAAUUUGAAGGCAAUCCAAUUCCUGAGGAUUACAAGAGCGACUGUUAUCAAGACGUAGACGAAAGUAGUUACGCUUGUAAAGAAAAGUAUAGAAUAAUGAUGAGAAUGAAUCCCCCUGGAACCGAAGAACCGGUUAUGAACGAAAAAGAAAUGAAGCAAAUGAAGCGAUUGGCCAGAUUUAUAGACGUCGACAAGGAGUACUACGAAAUGAAGAUGGAGAAGAAAAAACCGUCGAAGCCAAAAAGACGAUUGGCUAACAGAUUAGGCUAGACAAAAAAUAAAUUAACUUGAAAUUUAACAUAUCAAACAUUUUGAUUUGUCAAAAAUAAUAAAAUGUUGAAGAUGAUAGUCUUCAGAAAUUAAUGAAACGACAAAAUUAACAAUGUGAUAUUAAUAAAUUUAAUUAUUAAACCAAAUAAUAACUUGCCAAAUUUAAACGAAGUUACUAAAAAAGCGAGGGAAGGGUGAUUUGUUUUCAUUAUAUUGUUGUACCUACUAUUUCUUUUUUCUCAUGUAAAUAAUUUAUUUACUUAA